GACCUCUGUUCGCGUUUUGGAAGACAACGGGAGGACGACUGUCUGCUCUGAGCGCAUCUCAAAGUCGAGCCUUUGCGGAAUACCCCUUAACAUGGCAGAAGACGACGACCAUGGCAUCCGCCCGCAAGGCGUUGAUGUCGCUUACGACGAGCCACAACAGCACCACCAGCCCGUCGACACGCCCAGCGAGAAGAAGAGCACCGUCGUCGUGGAUGUGGAACAAGACGCACAUAGGGACCGCGAUGGGGACCCGGCUGGAGUCGGUGGCGGCGAUGCUGCGUCCGAGUACAGCGAGUCGAGCUUCGUCCAGGCGGGCGUGCAAAAGGCAAUGAUCCUGAAGAAGGCGUGGUCGCGCACAACGCUGCUCAUCGCCUUUAGCAGCCUGUUCCUGACGACGCUCAUCAUCACCUUUUCCGACUACUCGCACAUGGUGCUGCAGCCGUACGUCACGAGCGCCUUCAAGAAGCACUCGUUCAUGAGCGCCGCGCACGUCGUCAUCAACAUCACCCGAAUCGUGGCGUAUCCCAUCAUUGCAAAGCUCAGCGAUGUCUUUGGUCGUGCCGAAAUGUUUACUCUGUCCAUUGUUUUCCAGACGCUGAGCUUCAUCAUCUACGCCACGAGCGUCGACAUUGGAGCCUACUUUGUAUGAGGCUGCCAGGCCCGCCCCUCCCCCCUUUUUUCUACACCCCUUAAGCACAUACGGUGCCAACACGAAAAAUAUAUUAAUGACCCUGGACUGAUUUCCGGAUACACAGGCAGCGGGACUUUUCGACGCUGUCGGAUCCACGGGCUUCGGGCUCACGCAGCAAGUCUUCAUCGCCGACGCCACCACCCUCGUCAACCGCGCCUUCUGGUCCACCCUGCCCGAGUCCAUCACCACCAUCCCCGCGUUGUAUCUCGGCAGCCUCAUAGGCGAAGGCUUCCUUCAAAACGCCGGCUGGCGCUGGUCCUACGGCGCGUGGGCCAUCGUUGUGCCCGUCGUCGCCGUCCCCCUCAUCGCCACCAUGGUGGUGCUGCAGCGUCGAGCUCGUCGCCACGGCCUCGUGGCCAAGUCCCCCACUAGCGUCUCCGGCUGUAGCCCAGGCAGCAGCAGCAGCACCCCCGCGUGGAAAAAGGUCCUGCACCUCGUUUGGACGGAGAUUGACCUCGCGGGCCUGGUGCUGCUCGUCGUGGGACUGUCGCUCAUCCUCAUCCCCGUGUCCCUGACCGGCUCGUUCAACCCCAACCGCUGGCGCGAGGGCAGCUUCAUCGCCAUGCUCGUCGUGGGGGUCGUGUGCUUCCUCGCGUUCCUCGUCUGGGAUAUUCGCUUCGCCAAGAAGCCUUACAUCCCGGCGCACAUGGCCAACCGCACCGUCAUCGUUGCCUGCUUCAUCCAGACGUUUGACUUCAUGGAGUACAGCCUCUUCACCAUCUUCUUCCCAAGCUAUCUCCAGGUCGCUGGGCACUUUUCGCCGGCGAAUGCCACGCGCAUCGAUAACUCGCUGCGCGUUGCCUUCCAAAUCUCGGGCCUCUUCGUCGCCCUAGGCAUGAAGUAUACCAAGAAUGCGCACUACUGGGCACUCGCGGGCCCCCCGCUCGUCAUCCUCGGACAGGGCAUCAUGAUAUACCUCGUGGACAUGGGCGACGGGCGGUACGGCAGCGAGGCCGCCUUCAUCGCCUCCAAGGUCGUCUCCGGCGUCGGUCGAGCUCUCUGGCAGACGGCGGCGCAGGUGUCGGUCCAGGCCGUCGUGUCACGCCAGGAGGUGGCCGUGGCGACGGGGAUCUUCCAAGCUGCCAACAGCGUGGGCGCCGCAAUCGGAACCAGCAUCUCGGGGGCCAUCUGGCGCAACACCCUCCCCGAUAAACUCCUCAACUAUCUGCCGGAACAGGACAAGAAGAACGCCCUACAAAUCUUCCAAUCCAUCGUCGUCGCGCAGAAGUACCCCGCGGGGUCACCCGCCCGCGCCGCCAUCGACCAAAGCUACCGGGAAUCGCAGCGCAUCCUAGGCAUCGUCGCAACGUGCAUGUGCGCGCCGAAUCUCUUCGUCAUGUGGUUCAUGCACAACGUCAAGCUAGAGGAGGAGGACCGCAAGGAUGAGGAGGGGGUGGCCCGAACGAUUGCCAAGAUUGAAAAGACUCAAGAGAAGGACAAGGCCCUUAAUGGGAACUGACAGGGGGAACGCGCAUACACGUAAUUAGAGAUGCUGGUCAUACGCCUUGCACUGCCGGCCUUUCAUAAAAGACGUGUGAAAAGAAGGUUGCUUGAG